AUGGAUUCAUUUGCUAUGUUGAACGAGGAAGUGUUCAAGCAUCUAUGCAGCUUAGCUAUCGACAAGGUGAGCGACAAAGCAGAAAAGAGAAGGGCCGGUUGUGGUGGAGUAGCAAUGAGAAAGAGGCUUCUUAUCAAAAACUUCGUUAAUGACCUGUGUCGGAAGAAAGCUGAGGAUGAGGAACAAGAGGACAAAAGCUGUUCAGUUCAGGGAUACAACGAUGUGUAUGCUCAGAACGACGAGAAUGACGACGACACCGAUUCGUCUGCUCGGGAAGUCCCUAACGCUAAUAUGGAUGAAAUCAUCGAAGAAGCGGAUAGCUUACCGAACGAUGAUGACGAUAUGAUCCAUGCGCACGAUAUCUGGUUGGAUUCUGCAGCGAUGCCUGACAACACUGCUCUUUCAGAUGCUAUAAUGUUUGAUUCUGUGCAUUCAGGUCGUGAUGGAGCAAUUGGUCGUUUGGACGAUAAGUCAAGCGAAUCACGGCUCACCUUAUAUUCCUUGUAUUCGUCUGUUUCUGAAUCUGCUGAUAGAGGAGAAGAGUCACUGUCAGCGUGUGAUCCACAAGAGUCGUUACUACCGAACUGUUUGUACGAUUGCAUGCAGUCGCCGACGUUUGAUACCGCUCCGUUGACGUCACUGUCAGCAAUCAGCAAUUUGUCAUCCGUGUGUGAUAUGAAUAAUUCAUCAACCAUACAACCUGUUUUGGCUGAAGAAAGUGAUCAAAUUUUCCUUUCACUUGGCAAUCACAAGUACUCUGAUCUCAAAACAUAUAAUCCCGAGUUCCCACCUUCGUCCACUUCUCUACUGCCGACUAGUAUAAAUAAUCAAUCUCGCAUCAGCUGUUCUGUGGCAACAAAGCGUCGGAGCGAUGAGAUGCUACUCUACGACUCCAUCAACGCUGAGAUUGCCUAUCAAAAGAAGAUCAAACUUUGA